AUGAUUAGAACUACACACGCAGGAUUGAGGCAGAGUGUACUAAGACGAUAUCUAAGGAGUAAAAGUACUCUAGCUCCAACAAUCAAGGAGCAAAUACUGGCAUCUCCACCGAUUGGGUCAACAUUGGAAGUACGUGGAUUUGUCAAAAGUAUACGAAAUUCAAAAAAUGUUGGGUUCUUGGAUAUAUCCGACGGCUCAACCUCCAAGAUAAUCAAUGUUGUGCUUGUUGGUAGAGAGCAACCAAGGUUUCAAGUUGGUGAAAGCGUUUGUGUCAGAGGUGAAUGGAGUGCAAGCAAAGGAAAGGGUCAGGAUAAAGAGCUAAAAUACAAUCCUGAGAAUCCAAACCAUAGUUACGAAAUCAUUGGUGAAGUUCCAGAGGACUACCCAUUACAGAAAAAGGCCACUUCGAUGUCAUUUUUGAGGACGCUUCCAUCGUUGAAGCACAGAGCAUCCACGAUUGCAUCGUUCUACAGACUUCGAUCAUUUCUUGAGACUCAAAUGAUGGAUUUCUUCAACAAUCACAGUUUUACAAAAGUCACUCCUCCUUUGAUUACAAGUUCAGAUUGUGAAGGGGCAGGAGAAACAUUUGAGAUUAAACAAGCUGAUGACUUUUUUGAAAAGAGAGCGUAUUUGACGGUUUCGACCCAAUUACAUUUGGAGGCAAUUUCAUUGGCUCUUAACCGAGCAUGGACUUUGGCACCCUGCUUUCGAGCAGAGGAGUCCAAGACUUCUAGGCAUUUGAGCGAGUUUUGGAUGUUAGAGGCAGAGAUAUCGUAUUUGAAUAAGUUGGAGCCGUUAUUAAGUUUCACUGAGGAGAUGAUAAAAUCGGUUACGAGAAGCUUGGUGGAGAGAAAGAAGGAGUACCUUGAGGGAACAUACUUGGACCAAGAGGUUAUAGAGUCCAGAUGGAGCUCCAUCCUCGGCAGCGACUGGCGUCGUUUGACGUACCAUGAGGCACUUGAAGAGUUGAACAAACAGGGCGCAAACUUAGAAUUUGGAGAUUCCUUGAACUUGGUCCAUGAAAGAGCACUAGCAGAAAAUGGUCCCGUUUUUGUUACUGACUACCCUGCAUCAAUGAAGCCAUUCUACAUGCUAAAGUCGUUGAGUUAUAAUGAAAAUGAGCCGACGGUUGCCUGUUUUGAUUUACUAUUGCCCCAAUUUGGUGAACUUGUUGGUGGGUCUUUGAGGGAGCACGACUACGACACGCUCAUUGAGUCGAUGAGAGAGAAGAGCAUGAACUUAGAAGAUAUGGAGUGGUACAUUACUUUGCGUAAAUGUGGUACAAUUCCUCAUGGCGGAUUUGGUAUGGGGUGGGAGCGGUUUGUCACGUAUUUGUCAGGACAUGACAAUAUAAGGGACUUGGUUCCGUUUCCAAGAGCUCCGGGCCUUUGUAAGGCGUAG